CACGCCAGCUGGAUUAAGACAUAUCAAACUUUAAAGGGAGCAGUUUUUGUUUGUUUCAGUGACGUCUAUGCGCCGACAUAAGAUAUAGUGACUGUUAACUUAAAAAGUGAAAAAAAAAAGUUAUUUAUCCUGGAGAUAGCAUGCAGGCAAGACAUUAGACUGCCCUGAGUGGAGCUGCUGUUUCAUUGUUUUAUCGCUGCUUUUUUUAUCGUCUGACAGCGACCUCUGCCCCUCCGGACAUCACCGGCAUGUUUCCCCUGGACUCGCCGUGGAACAUCUCCUUCGCAGGCUGCGGCUUCCUGGGCGUCUAUCACAUCGGCGUGGCCAGCUGCCUGCUGGAACAGGCUCCGUUCCUGGUGCGCAACGCGCGGCACAUCUACGGCGCGUCGGCCGGAGCGCUCACCGCCACCGCGCUGUCCACCGACACGUGCCUCGGAGAUGUUGGUGCGAGUAUCAUUGAUGUUGCCAAAGAGGCAAGAAAGCGUCUUCUUGGACCGAUGCAUCCAUCCUUCAACCUGGUCAAGAUCAUGCGUCACCUGCUGCUGAAAACUCUGCCACCCGAUUGCCAUCAUCGGGCCAACGGUCGAUUGGGAAUCUCUCUCACCCGAGUUUCAGAUGGAGAAAAUGUCCUGGUGUUCCACUUCAACAGCAAAGAGGAGCUGGUGCAGGCUUGUGUCUGCAGUGCCUACAUCCCCGUUUACUGUGGACUCAUUCCCCCUACACUGCAAGGAGUGCGAUACGUUGACGGGGGGAUUUCAGACAACUUGCCCCAGUACGAGCUAAAAAACACCAUCACCGUGUCUCCGUUCUCUGGAGAGAGCGACAUCUGCCCACGCGACACCUCCACCAACAUCCACGAGCUGCGUUUCACCAACACCAGCAUCCAGUUCACGCUCACCAAUCUGUACAGAGUCUCCAGGGCGCUCUUCCCUCCGGAUCCGAUGGUUCUCAAGGCGAUGUGUAAACAGGGAUACAAGGACGCUCUGCAUUUUUUAAAGCGGAAUGGCCUUCUUAAUUUCAACGGCCCCCAAAGAGACAGACCCCUGCUUGUGAACGGAGAAGAAAAGAAGGAUUGCGUUGAGGAAGAGCCUAAAGAAGUGACCGCAGUUAGAGCCGUUUCAUCAAUAGAAGAUCAUAUCAUCGAAUACCUUCCACCCAGGGUUCACAGAGCUCUAGUUGAGGCCUGCAUGGAGAGGAGGAGCCUCGCACAGUCGCUAGGCAACCUGCUCCCCGUCAAGAUGGUCUCGGUGAUGAUGCUGCCCUACACCCUCCCUCUGGAGUCCGCUGUGUGGUUGACUCUCAGACUUCUGGAGUGGCUCCCAGAUAUCCAUGAAGACGUGGGGUGGAUUCGAGAGCAGCUAUUGAAAUUCCUGCAGCGCGUUGUUCGCCAGGCCUCAAGCACAGUAUCCCACCACGUAUCAGCAAGAUUGUUCUGUCACCUGGAACUGCAUCACCAGCAGUCCCUCCGAUCGCAGUUCAGCUCCAGCAAUCUGUUUCCCACCUGGAUGAACGAAGGCAGCUCUUCGGUCUUCUCGCGUCUCGACCACUACAAGAAGCAGCUGCUGUCUGGAGGCCUGUGCAUCAACAUGGACCUGCAAGGCUCCUUCGGCACUGCAGUCGUGUCUCCAGAUAAAAGCUCCGCGCCUCAUCUCUCCCUGCAGGACCUCACAGUGCAGAAAGGUUUCUGAGUGUCCCACUUUCCACCAACUCUGCAGAAGCUAUCAACAGCUCAUAGGAACAUCUGACGCUGCCACGACUUUGCAUAUUCCCGAUUCAUUAACAUUUAAAAAUCAAGUUUCUAUAUUUUCCAGAAAGACUUUAUUUAAAUUUGAUUUUGAAUGUUAAUGUUAGUAAUAUCUGAUAGUUACACUUCCUGUGUAUUAAGUAUCUUUUUCCCAAUGCCAGACACUGGAAUAAGUUAUGUCCACAGUAUUGUCAAGUAUAAGAACACAGAAUGUGUCUGUAAUCAGCAGAAGUGUUACAGUCUCAGCACAUGUGCUGACUUGUAUACAGUCAUGAAUUACAGGACAAACAAAAAUGCACACUCGAAGGUGCAUGGUUAAAAUAAAUAAGUAUUUAUGUUUUUAGUGGAAUGCCGUCAGACCAGUAGCUGAGCAGCAUUUUUUGUUGCGCCUGGUUCUGAGCAUGAAGUCACUUUUGACACACAGACAGUUUCAAACUGGAGGAUGAACUGUUUUUGUCUCAAUGUGUUUGUUACAUGUAGUUACUCCAUUUGUAUGAUGCAUAUCACAAUGUACAACCAUAAAAAAAUACACUGAGUUAUUUGUUUAGUUUGUAUUGAUGUCAAUGUCUUAUGUGUUCAUAAUUAUUUAUAUGAAAACUGAAAAAAAUAGUUUGUAUUUUUUGCAGUCAGAGUUGUUUCUGUCUCCCCUGAUUUUCUCUUAAGUUACAAUGAUUUCAGAGAUAAUUAAAUAAAACUAUAUUGUUUUAAACUGGUACCUUUUAUGUUAAAACAAUAUCUUUCUGGUACCAACAUAUUAGAGCAAAUCACAUUUGUAAUUUUGAAUUCAAUAAAACCAAUGUAAUUUGAUUUGCACUUUGUACAGUAAUUCUUUUUGUUGUGCCUUGAAUUUUAUUACAAUGAUUUUAAAAUGAAAUUUGCACAUUUUGACAAUGAUG